AGCCCAAUCGUCUUUCCAUCGUGGUUUGAUCGUGAUUCAAAUCAACAAGUAUCAUUCAAAGACUAUUCUGUAUGCUCUUGAGGCUCCGGAUUUCAACUCUUGCUUCAUUUUGAAGUGUUAUACCGUGGAUCUGCCUUCGGACACGCCCAGCUUAGCGCCGACGUCAUCGGCAAGAGCGCUCGACUACCAACCAUUCACCCGCGCGCCUUCCCGAACAGAAUUAUUGUCUGUCAACUUCCAGCACCAUGGCAGUGAGGUUGUAUAUCUAUAACUGCUGCUGCUGCUGCUGCUGCUCGAGCCGCAGCUUCAUCGUCUGCUCAUCUCAACCACACUUCUCACAGCACUUGAUUCCUUGAUCUCAGCGCACCCACAAUAGUCACAAUGAUAUAUCCCAAACAACCACCAAUACUCCUCCUCCACCUCAUCCUUCUCGCAGCCACACUCCUACUAACAUUACACACCCAAGUGGUAAUAGCACAACAAACAACCCCGUCGUGGACCUUAUUCUCCGACGACGACGACGACGGCACAUUCCACGCCGUCGUCCUCAACAGCACAAAUACAUACCGCCACCAACAUGCCGCCCCGCCACUGGCCUGGAAUACCUCCCUUGCCGACGCCGCUGCUGCGUGGGCUGACAGGUGUGUCUGGGGGCAUUCUUCCGGCCCAACAGGCGAAAACCUCGCUACAGGCUACCCGUCCCCCACCGCCGCAAUCGACAGCUGGGCCGCAGAGCGCGCGGCGUACGAGUUUGCAAAGGGUGACUUUGAGGCUGCUACCGGGCAUUUUACGCAGUUGGUUUGGCUUGAUACGACGAGUGUGGGGUGUGCGCGGCGGGAUUGUGGAGAUGAUGAGGGUAGGGAGGAUAGGGACGGGCAGCAGAGGGCAUGGAACUGGUUCUUCGUGUGCGAGUACUACCCCGCGGGCAAUGUGCUGGGGAGGUUCGUGGAGAAUGUGCAUGUGCAGGUUAAUUCGGAUGCUGGUCCGAGUGCGACUCCGACGGGUACAGGGACGGACUCGGGAGAGAUGCCGGUGGAGACGGCGAGUGGCGCGGGGCAUGGAGGUGGGUAUGGGGAUACCCGGGCGGGGUGGUGGGUUGGUGCCGUUGCGGCGGUGGUGUACGAGGCUGUUCGGGAGAUGGAUGGAUAG